CGCCCGCUAUAGAGCAAUAGUAAUGGCAUCUAUUUGUAGGCACCAACUCCGCCAUUGUUCAUUGGACAAAGCCAAUGGUGAAAUGGUUUUGUAGGGUUUUGGGCUAAAUGCCAAAAAUAAGGCCUGUGGUAAACAGCCUCAUGAUCUUAUACAUUUUGUUAUAUGAGAAUUUGCCCAGCUAAUGUCAGUUUUUGUGAAUUUGAAGCAUUUUUGUAAUAAAUAAUUAAUCUCAGUCAGUUAACAUAACGUUUAGCUCAUAGAACAAAACGCAUAAGAUCUCCUAAGCCUGUGUAAACCUCAGACCUUAUUUUGGUAUUUAUCCCAAACCCUAUUCUUUCCCCAUGAAUGAAUGAGGUAACAUUUCUCGGUUUUAUGACUACAAGGUGGCGAGCUCUAUUAAAUGAAACCUAACAUAUCAUACUAAAUGGAGUGGCACGGAUCUUAGUAUCAUAAAAUACAUUUUGCUCUGAGACUAGUUUCUGCCAAUGCUGUAAAAUAGGUACUUAUGUUAUUCCUGGUUGCUCUACAGUGAUUUCUAUUAUGUUCUUUGGAUUAUAAAUCUGCAGCGUAUACUAGAGGUCGACAACCUGAAAUCGUCUGAUUUUAAAUCGUUCAUAACGAUUGGUAAUCUGCAUUUUUGUAUGCCGAUUACAUUGCAUUCCACGAGGAAACUGCGUGGCAGGCUGACCACCUGUUACGCGAGUGCAGCAAGGAGCCAAGGUAACCACAAAGGGAGCAGGCCUGAACCCCAAUGCCAAAGUCUGGCAGGAGAUCUCUGCGCCCCAGAGCCAAGUCCCAGAUGAGGGCCUAGAGGGCCCCUACUUGCUCCAGAUGACCCCUAACUCUGCUGAUGUCACUGAGGGUUACUCAGAGGUCCCUCCUACUGGGGCUAAGGGGUAUGGCACGGGGUACUCAGACCCCUCCUCGGACAGCAGUGCCCCUGCACCCACAGAGGGUGUAGUGAACGGCAUGGACCCCCCUGAGCUGGGGUACCCCCUCUAUGACCAUGUGACUGGGUCAGCAGUGGAAGAAAAGCAGCCCCUCUCAGAGGUGAGCAUGAGAGAGUCUCUGAAGAAGCAGCUGGAGUUCUGCUUCUCCAGAGAGAAUCUGUCCAAGGACUUGUACCUGAUGUCCCAGAUGGACAGUGACCAGUUUGUCCCCAUCUGGACCAUCGCCAGCAUGGAGGGCGUCAAGGUCCUUACCACUGACAUGGACCUGAUUCUGGAGGUGCUACGAGCCUCGCCCAUGGUACAAGUUGACGAGAGUGGGAAAAAGGUUCGGCCCAACCACAAGCGCUGCAUCAUCAUUCUGAGGGAGGUGCCCGAGACAACACCGGUGGAGGAAGUGGAGACCCUCUUUAAGAAUGAAAACUGCCCCGAAGUGCUUAGUGUUGAAUUUGCUGCCAACAACAACUGGUACAUCACGUUCCGGUCGGACACUGAUGCACAGCAGGCCCACAGAUAUCUAAGGGAAGAAGUGAAAAUAUUUCAGGGAAAACCCAUCAUGGCUCGUAUCAAGGCCAUCAACACAUUCUUCGCAAAGAAUGGCUACCGUAGCGUACUGGACUCCAGUGUGUACAGCCAGCAGGGCCAGUCUCAGUCCCAGUACACCUCUACACACCUCUACAUGCAGCAAGUGUUCAGCCCCCAGCAGCAGUACCCUCUCUACCCCCUGGUGCCCCCCACCUGGAACCCAUCGCCUGCCCCUUACUUCGAGACCCCACUGGCCCCGUUCCCCAACAGUGGCUUUGUGAAUGGCUUCAGCACCCCUGGGAACUACAAGACUGGCACCAGUCCCCUGGGCCUCGGACGAUCGCCCUUCAACAGCAACCGUGUCCCCCUCUAUUCCAGAAAGAAUGUUAUCAAUGCCUUCAGGAACCAUGUGAAGAGCCAGCCCCAGCCAUGUGACGAAACCCUACCUUCAUCUGUGACCCCCGUACCACUCCUGGUGGAUGGCCUGUCUGGCCCCUCCAGCCCUCAGCCACCCCGCAUGACUGGGGCUCCCCUGGUUAGCACCCCUGAACCUGGCCCUGCUCUCACCUCUUACUGCCUCAGGGACACCCUCCCACUGGCUUCAGAAGGGAGUUCUAACGGUGACCUGGGCAUUGCUGGCAGAAGCAGGAGAGGCAGCUACCGAGGGAUGCGCAGAAGGAGAGAGGACGAGCGGCUCAUGAGGCCCAUCCCUCUGAGCGAGGUUAAGGUUCCGCAGCCCAAGUUUGACUUGGCAACCUCCAACUUCCCUCCGUUGCCUGGGUGUGCGGUCAGCAUGCAGGGAGAAGAGCCCGUGCUGGAGACGCGUAUGUCUGACGUGGUGUGGGGUGUUAAGGUGGUGACCAGUGAUAAACCUGAGGUGAAUAAGGAGUCUGUGGCCCCUCCUGUUAGUACCCAGGAGGAAACUGUGAGCGUGCCCAGUCCUGUCAUGCCAGCCCUCAAACCCCCCACCCCUCUAGUUGUGGAGCCCCCUGUUCCAAGUGUUGCUCACCCGGUGGAGAAGCCUGAGCCUCAUGCCCUAAGGGAGGCUGCUAGAACCCCCACGCCACCCUCUUCUUUGCCAACCCCAUCACAGCCCGCUGCUGCUACCAAACCCACCCCUAUCCUCACCAGCAGUCAGUCCAUCUCCACGACAACACCAGUCCCCGCUGCCCCUUCUACCGCACCAGAGCCAAGGAAGCUGAGCUAUGCUGAGAUGUGCAAGCGGCCAGCCACCCAGCUCCUGGCCCCCAGCACCCCCCCCAACUCUCCCAUCGCCUCUGCCAGCCAACCCCUGCAGGAGCGUCGGGUUAACAAGGCCGACGAGCCUGCCGCCUCCAGCAGCAGCAAUGGCGAUAGGCCAGAGAAACUUGAGGGGUCUGGAGAAGGCCUUCCCCUUCGUGACCCCCUGGGCACAUACCGUUCUGGUAACGGCCCUGCCCGAUCCGGAGGGAUGGGCCUAAAGUACCGGGAUCAGCAGCGGGGUGCCUCUAUGAGACGACGGAUCUCCCCCCACGGCUGGGCUAGACGGAGUGGGAAGGAACAGAACAUUCCACCCCGGUCGCCGAAGUAGUUUAAACCACAACCAACAGACUAACAGGAAAACAAACAGAUCUAUAUAUGUAAAGACAGAAAUAUAUGAAUAUAUAUUAUUGGAUGAAAGAACAUGUGCGUUCUUAAUCUAGAAGACCCUCCUAGAGCUCAGUCGGACAGACACCGACCUUUGUUUGGGAAAACACUGAAAGCGGUAAUCAUUUUAAGUGGGGGUGAACAUGAGUGUCACAAAACACAAACUGAUGGACUUGUUUUAAAGAACAGUGUGAUGCUGACAUGCGGCCUCACCUUGGUUAGCUUGAAGAAUGGGCCCUCCGUUAAAUCUAUGAAUUUUAUUUUUAUGUGAAAGUGGGGUUUGGGGGAGGGGGGACAAAUGUAUGGUAAGUAAAGCCUUGUAUGUCAAAAAUACCAGUAGUUGCAAAAUAAGAAACAACAGGUGAGCUUUUAGCAUAUCUGAUUUAUAUGCAACAAAGCAAAAGAUGUGGAUAUCCACCGUUAUGACAACUUUGAGUUGAUACUACUUCCUUAUAAAAAAUGAUAUUGAGGGGGGGGGUUAGUAAGUUAUUGUUCAUUAACUGUGUGGAAAUGUGCUUUUAUGAAGGUUGGAAGCAAAAGAUGGCCACAUGGUUCAGCAGUUGUUCUGGAAGCCUGUCAAGCUGAACAUUCAUUUAGGUGAAGAAACCGUCUUAGACGUGUCUGCUUUUAGUCUGGAAUAAUUUUUUUUACCAGUGCGGAAAUGUGAAUUAAAAUCAAUGCAUUUCUUUUCAUGGUUGACGGAAAAUUUUGGUCCACCCUUGCAUAAGUACAACAUUGAAAACUUUACAAUAAUAGUGCAUGAAUACUUGAGCAGUGCAAAUUUGGGGAAGUGUUUGUAUAGUCAGACUAAUGUAACUGAAUUGUUAUUUUUAUCUUCAUUUACUCACACUUCCAUACAGAUGGUUAAAUGUUUGGCUGUUUAUGUUACAUUUACAUUUACGUCAUUUAGCAGACGCUCUUAUCCAGAGCGACUUACAAAUUGGAAAGUUCAUACAUAUUCAUCCUGGUCCCCCCGUGGGAAGUGAACCCUGGGCCCCCCGUGGGAAAUGAACCCACAACCCUGGCGUUGCAAGCGCCAUGCUCUACCAACUGAGCCACAUGGGACCACGGGUCAAGGCUCAUAGAGGGAGUAGUCUUCCCUUAGUUUAGGCGUUCAGUUAUUGAGACUCGCAUCCUAGACACUAAUGGUGUAUGUAACUGGCUGGCUUUUCAUGAAUUCUAGUUUGGUACAUAACCAUUUAAGAAGAGCAAUUUUUUUUGUUUUUUUGGCUUGCAUAGAUGCUGUACCUAUUGUAUUUAUCUUUACAAUUGUAUUCCCCAACCUACGUGGUCAAAUGCAUUGACAAACUUUUAUUUUAUUUAUUUUUCUUUAUUUCUUGUUUCUAUCUUGUUGCACAGAUAGAAACCUUCCACCCCAGAUAUCUGGUCAGUUCAACAUGCUUUAUUACCAUAUCUGUGCAACAGGCUCCCGGGUAGUCUUUCAUGCAUUUUGGUUGGUUGUAUCAUGUAGAGUAGGCUAGAUGGUAUUUCAGAGUAGUAACGGCAGAUUUAGUGCAAUGUUAUCCCAAGCAUGAAACUGGUCUCUUGUAUUCGAUGUAUUCCAACUUGCUCUUUUAAAAUGGCAAAAAUAGGCCUGAAUUCUGAAGUAAGUGAACACUCAAUUAUCAUGUUCUCUUAAGGCCGUGUCUAGACUUAAUAGUUCAUUCUGUCUUAGUAUUGUGAUCAUAGUCCUAAUCAUGGAUUUCCGAACGCGUCAUGCAUCUACAUGUUAAAUGUCUGGUGUCUGUAUGCCCUUUCCCGCGCUAUAUUAAAAUGAUAGUAUGCGUUCUACGAACGGUGGAGUAUAAGUAUGACAACACAACUGAUGGCUGUAGCUACCAAGCAACGCUAAGGGGAUUGCAAACGGCUUAACAACACUAGCCAAACAUUGUUUCCCUAAAUAUUAGCUAGCUGGCUAACAUUUGAGGCCAGAAAACACGUUCCUAGCGUAUGAGGAACAUAUUUUCUCAAGUUAAAAUGAAAUGGUACCUCGGUCCCAAAACAAACAAGUUUUCUGGAGACUUUUGGGUGGAGUGCUAAUGACGUCGAUCACUGUAUGGUAGGCUGAUUGCGUCAGGAUUAGAUGGUUAUUUUUUCUCGUACAUUUCAAUUUUAGAUUUUCUCUUAGAUUUGAAUAUUUUAAUGCAUAUCCAAUUAUGUUUGAGUUGUGUACAUGUCCAUUGAUCUCUAAAAGGAAACUAGAGCGUUUUGUCGUUCUCAUGUGGGUCGCGACAUGUCACUUAUUUGUAUUUUAUUUUGUAAAACAUUUUAGGAACUCAGGUGGUCUCAAUUUACUGUUUAGAGUUAGAAUAGUAGAUUACAGAAGGUACAAUUUAGACAUUUGGUUGUGCAUAAGCAGUUUUUCCCUUGUCAGUCACUCUUAGCCAUGUCAGUAAACACUUUUUAGAUUGGUAAAUUAGUUCUCACCUAACCUAAUUAUGCUUAGGGCCCCCAAAAUAGUGCAUCUUUUCAUGAGCGUGGGUACAAGAAAAACACGAUCUAAUUUGGGUUCCAGGCUGAGAGUUUAAGAACCCCUUCUUGAGUGAUGUCUUGAAUAUAAAUGUUAGCGUUGACUAGAUGUGGGGGGCAUCAAUCUUAAUAUCUGUUCUCUCAAUGCUCUUAUACAAAACUCAUAAUUCAGCCUUUUGUGUGACUGGAUUGAACAUCUGGACCAAAGUCAAGCAAGAAAAAAUACAAUUUUGGGAACUUACUCAAAUCUGUUUGGGAAGUGGAGAUGGAAUGUUGCUGAAACAGGAUUGGCCAGUCAUGGCUUGAUGAAUGUAGUCCUGUUUGAGAUGAGUCCACUUUUCAUAAGUGGUUUGAAUGUUCUUGUACCGAUUUUGCGCCUAGCAGGCUAGUCUUUAGUCUGGGUUGUGUUAGAUGACUGUUUCGAUUUAAUUUUUUCUCUUUCUGAUCUGCUGUAUUAGUGAGCACAUUUAGAUUAAAUGUUUUUAGAGUUCUGCAGUUUGACAUUUUUAAAUGUAUUGCAACUAAUGUAUCUUUUUUGUUGUUGCUUUUUUUCCCCCCUUAAAUGUUUGAUGUAAUAGUUGAGUAUACAAUAUCUGAUUUGAGACUUGGCUAAAGUGAGAAUUCUGUGCAUUGCCUGGGUGCUAGCAGUGCAGUAACAUGUUAUCUAUGUAAUCACUGGGCCUGUUCUGAUUUUUAUAUUUUUACAUCCAUUUAAUGGCUAAACUACAAACAGGUAGUGGUGUUGUGGAAUUAAAUGCACUGACUUUUGUUUUUAAAUCUCCCAUGUGUAAAAUCAUUUUUGAUGUCUAAAAAUGUUGUUUUUUUUGCAGGUUUCCUGAAGUUAUUACAGGAAUAGUUUUUUUCUAUUUUACUGUUUUGAUUGUUCUAGCAUUUUGCAACUGGAACAUGUGUUUUUAGGGGGUGCAGGUGACAUAGUAACAAAUAAGUUGGGUGUGAGACACUGAAUUACUGAUUUAGUAGAUGUCUGAUCAAAAGUUAAAGAAAAUAAAGUACACGUUUUGGCCUUUUUGAUAUAGUUGUUCUGGGUCCUGUGCUUGCAAUGAUUUUCGCCUGUCCGUGUAUUUUAAAUGUUUGUGCCGUGCUCAGUAGUUCUGUGGUCUUGUACCGAACGUCUGUGUUAAGAUGUUUCAGGGUGCGUGUUUGACUCUUCACCAGUCCUACUUUGACAGUCCCCUAUCUUCAUGUCCCCAAAAAUAAAUUUCAGGCCUAACUAAAAUUCCAGUGCCUUCUCAGUGUUGAGGUUUUCCUUCUCUGCAAAGUAAAAGUAACAUGAACACUUUAAUUUGGAACAAGGCAGGUUGUUGGUUUAGUGGACAGACAAUAGUACAUGGCUCAUACUCAAAAUGUAUACGUUAUUAAACUUUUGUGUGUAUGCUGUGUCAUAAAUAAAUGUAAGCGCCUCGCAUGACAAUGCUGAAAUUGUAAUACGCUGCUUAAACAUAACAGCUCUUUUGAAAACCAGUGAAAAGGUGAAGGAAGUUGGCUGGUGUGAGCAGGAAUAUAUACAUACCGGUUUACUGUCGUGAAUGUGUCAUUGCAAACAUGUACGAGAAUAAACAUUUUAAACACUG